AUGCUUACUUCGUCAAUAGGUGCUACAUCUGGUGAAAUACUACGACUAGAACCACCACUCUCAUUAUCUGAAUCUACUUCACAAUUUAACAAAUCUUCCUUAUCUUGCAAUAGUUGUCUCAUAAUAGCUCUCUUCUUUUGGGCUUUUCUUUUACGAGUUCUUGUUAAUCCUUUAAGUUUCAGUUCUCCAUCGAGAUCCAUCAACACUCGUUUCACAUAUUUAAUACGAUUUUCAAUUUCUACUAAUUUUUUUGCUUGUUCACGAAGUGUAAAUGGUGUUGUCAAUAUUUCCGAUUUCACAGACGAAUUGUUGGUGGAUAUGGUAGCUUGUUUCUUAUUGGGAACCUUUAGUGUAACCAUAAAAGUUGGAGGUGACUGUAGUUUUAAAGUGUCAUUUAAAGGAGAUGGAGGUGAUUCUGGAGGAGUCUUUAAUGGUAAUUUGAAGGUGACCAAAAAAGUAGGUGGAGCUUUUGGUUUGGAGAUACCACUAGUUUUUUUAAAAGCACGAUAUUUACUCAGUUUGAAUAACGUUCCAAGAACAGGUCUUGCAGUUAAAGGUACAUCUGAAUCCAGUGAAUCAUUCUUCUCUUCUCGUGAUAUGGUAGUGGAUUGUUGUGCCUGUGGUUGUGCCUGUGGUUGUGCCUGUGGUUGUGCCUGUGGUUGUGCCUGUGGUUGUGCCUGUGGUUGUGCCUGUGGUUGUGCCUGUGGUUGUGCCUGUGGUUGUGCCUGUGGUUGUGCCUGUGGUUGUGCCUGUGGUUGUGCCUGUGGUUGUGCCUGUGGUUGUGCCUGUGGUUGUGCCUGUGGUUGUACUUGUGGUUGUGCCUGUUGUUGUACCUGUGGUUGA